AUGUCCAAUGAACAAACAAUUUCAAGAGAAGAACUUCAGGAGUUACUUGCCUUUAAGCAAGAAUGGGAACAAGACAAGCAGCGAAAGCUUGACCUCUUCCAUCUUCUUCCCAAAGAAAUCUUGGAAGAUUUAGAGCUAUCUAAAGCCAAUCUUAGAAAACUCUGCAACACGUUCAAUCGAACAAGAACCAACUAUGACAAUGAAUGGACGCGCAGAACAUUCAUCAAUCGCCAGUACAUUGGAGAAUGUAACAAGGUCAAUGUAUCUGCAACAUCUGCAAUCCAAGGACGCUACAAGGAUACAGAAAAGUUACGCAUGAUGGCAAGUGCCACUUCCAAGUUAUUUGAAGAAAUCCAGACGAUCAUUGGCGACCUAGAUGAAGACUCCAUGACCUAUGAGCACUGGAAGACCAUUGACAAACGAGCCCACUGA